AUGAAUCGUAAUUACAUUAUUAUUUUAUUUCUUGUAUUUUUCCUUAUAAAUGUUGAAAAAUCUCACGGAUGUUAUCCUUCUGGCAGACAUAUUAAAGAUCUGAUUGUUAAUGUUACAGAUGCGACAUUUUCACGUGGUGAAAUCCAUAUUACGACUUGGGUCAAAGGUGGAACUACCGAUGCACUCGGCCACUUUACCUUCGACUAUAACGGUGUCAGUGUGCGUAUUUUAAAAGAUCCCCAAUUUGUAAAUGACCAUCAUUGUGAAAACACUGGCAGCGGUACAGUUAAUCCAGUCACAACAACCUGGUAUUAUGAUCCAAGCUUAACACCUCCAAAGGGGACACCAGUUAAUAUUUACAUAGCAAUAUAUGCGACUUGUAAUGAAAAGGUUGUUUCACCGAUAUUUUCAGCAAUAAGAUGUUUAAGUAAUAAUGUCAGCUACCAAACAUCCGCGUGA